UCUCCCUCAAAAGCUCUUCCCCUGUUGACCAUUCUUCCACGUUUCUCUGCAACUCUUCCAUUCCUCCAACCCCCUCUCGCCACAACACUCACCCCAUCCCACUACUCAACCAUCUACCCAAUGCAUUCCCGUUGACCCAUUUGAAUCUUUUCCAAUCUUCAAUCCGUCUUAUGAACCUCAAAAUUUCCCUAAACCCACUUGUGAAUUCGAACAGAGAUCCAGGGUCCUCCGUGCCGGAACUGAAGAAUCACUCAAAUUUUCACUCUGCGGUGGAAGGUCUCGCCGAUUUAAGGAAUCAUGAUGGUUAUGGAUGUGAUGAGCUCCAAGAGACAAAGGCGUCCAAAUGUAAGGCUAGGGGAAAUUGGGGAUAUAUCUGCGGCUUGGGCUUGUGGGUUUUCUCAUAGCACUAGAGAUAAGUUAGCUCAUAGGGAAUGGAAACAUGAUGUACUCCAAACUGUGGAUGAUGAUGAUGAUGAUAACCCCAUUGUUUUUGGGGACUUGGAGCCUUCAACUCCCAAACUCACUGUCUCUGAGUUGGGUGCCUCUCCACAAAUUUCAACAGAGUUGCAGCAGAAUGGAGAGAACAAUAAUAACCCCAAUUCUUCUGCAUUACCUUUGGAAUGUCCUCCAACUUCUGCUGGACUGAAGUUUAGUGAUGUGACCAGGAAGUGUAGAAAUAUGAAGCGUCGGGGGCGUAGUCGAAACGUUGGCUACGUCGUUCUUGGUGGCAGUUGGAGCUCGAAACAUAGCUCAGAUGACUGCUCGAUGAAUGAGAAGGACUGUGAGGGGACACGUAAUUCUGCUAAUGGUUAUGGUGACUUCUCUGAUCACCAGACACCAACCACUAGUAAAGAGGAAUGUGGCAUUGAUCAACCCUCGACACAACAAGAUCGUGAGUUAAACAACGACUCGCAGUUCAUUGGUGAGAAGGGUAGACACAAAUCUGGCAUUGUGCAGGAUCAAAUGAGAUUAAAAGAUGACGAUACGAAUGCUGUCAGUAGAUGGUUAGAGGAGGUAGGAUUUGGCAAGUAUGCUGGGGUGUUCGAGAUGCACGAGGUGGAUGAGGAGGCUUUGCCACUGCUGACCAUUGAAGAUCUCAAAGAGAUUGGCGUGUUUUCUGUCGGGUCUCGGAGGAAGUUGUAUAACGCAAUCCAACAGUUAAGAGAAGGCGGAGGAGAAGGAGAAGGAGAAGGAGAAGGAGAGGAGUAAGGUAUCUGAAAGCUUAGAAAGCGAAAUGCGCACAGAACCACAGAAACGCUCGCGCUCUUUUAAAGUUUAUCGUUCGAUUGUGCAGGAAAAGACCAUGGAUGUACAUAUUCCUCUAACAUCUUUUGUAUUGGCUACAUGCCUGAACACCCUUAACUUCCUUUUGGCAGUAAAGUUAAUGGCUUCAUUUUGAAGAAAAAUAAUGAGAUUCUUGUGUUCUUCA